AUGAAUACAAUCGACGUGCAAGACCUCGGUCGCAGGGCCAAACGAGCUCUUACCACUAAAAAAGGCUUCAAGAACGCCAUUGAAACUUGGUUCCAUUACUUUGCUCUUUGGUAUUCCUAUAACUUCACUUCCGGCGCUUGGGCUGCUGCAUCAUCCUUGCUUAGUCUGAAUAUCAACUGGUGGCAGGCGGUCCUGGCCUGCCUGGUUGGGUCCAUUAUCAGUGGACUUGCUGUCUCGAUGAACUCUAGGCAAUCCUCGAUUUAUCACAUUGGCUUCCCUACUCUUCAGCGCGUUUCGUUCGGUCUCUAUGGCUCUCUAUUUCCCGUUUUUACCAGAGCAGUUGUCUCGGUGUUAUGGAUUGGAGUCACUGUGUAUCAAAGCUCAUUGUUCCUUGAUGUCGCCUUCAGGUGUGUAUUCGGUGAUGCUUGGUUCCUCAUGCCAAAUACAUUGCCUGCUAGCGGAGGCAUCACGACACGAAAAUUCGUUGCUUGCUUCAUCAUCUGGAUUGGAUCAUACCCUGCAAUGUUCCUUAAGAUCCACAAGAUGAGACACUUCUGGACUGCCAAGGCGGUCGUUAUUCCGCCGAUCACGAUUGGACUUUUCAUCUACUGCAUGGUAGUUGGGAGCAAAGGUGCCGUUUCGUACACAUCUGGCACGAAAGAGUUGACUGGCUCAUCAUUGGGAUGGGCUUUCGUGUAUAGCGUGCAAGCUAUCAUUGGCAACUUCUCUCCUCUGAUUACCUCCAACCCUGACAUUGCCCGAUAUGCUGUCAAGCCCAGCGCCACGGGCUGGCCACAGCUGCUUACAAUCGCAUUCUGGAAGACGGUCAUCUGUGUGAUUGGUAUCUUUGGAACCAACGCAAUCGCCUACAAAUACGGCACCACGUACUGGAAUAUGUGGGAUAUUUGCCACGUCAUUCUGGAGAACAACUGGAACGGCGGUGUUCGUUUUGCCAUCUUCCUCUUUGCGAUUCUGAUGGCUUGUUCAGAGCAAAUCAAGAACUUAUCAUCAAAUCUAAUCUCAUUCGGCGCUGAUACGGCUUGCUUGUUGCCAAAGUACAUCAACAUCAACCGAGGGAUGAUACUAGGCCUGACUAUCGGUUUCGUGAUUCAGCCUUGGUAUAUUCUUGCAUCGGCUAAGAGCUACCUUACUUUCCUCACAGGAUAUAGUCUGUUCCUGGGAGCAAUUCCAUCCAUCGCGGUAGCCGAUUACAUUCUUCGUAGAGGCAAUGUAGACGUUUUAUCCUUGUACACGGCCAACAAAGACUACUGGUAUCUCAAGGGCUGGAACUGGAAAGCAUACGCCGCCUACAUCAUGGCCAUUUGGCCCGUUGUGCCUGGACUUGCAUACCAAUUCUCCAAGGACCCUUCCGUCUCCCAGGGUUGGGUGCAUUUGUAUCAACUAGGCUGGCUAUUUUGUGUGCUGGCCGGAGCUUUGACUUACCUUGUUCUGUCGCUGCUUUUCAAAGACCCGGCCAUGACCGAGGCUCGCCAGCAUCCAUGGGAAAGCUACGCGAAGAACCAGCAGGAGCUUCUGGACAAGGAGAAUGAGGGCACGGUGCUGCAAGGUUCGUCGCCUAGUGAAUCAGAAUCAGAUAAAGUCCGCCAUUCCUUGGAAAAGAACGUUGUGAAGGUUGAAAACCCAGUGGGACCAGUUCUUUCAGUCUAG